UCCAGAGGAAAACUGGGAAAGCCAUAUCUCCUCAGGGUACCACUCUGGAGCCCAGAGUUCCUAGCUUUUAGCUCUUACCUCCCCCCUCUGCUAGAUUCCUGGAAGGUAUUGCCUUUUCUGCUGUCUCCUGCUGGGAUUCCAGCAUUCCCUGCUUCUUCCACCAACUUGGUUCUAGUCUCACUCUGUGAUAACUGCCGGACUCCAUCCCUGACAUCCUGGGAAACUGCACAGAUGGAAAUGAAGCAGGCAGUCUGGUUGGAAUGGCAAGGGAAUCACCCCACCUUACAGUGGCCUCCCCAUUCCAGCUGUCUAACAUAGACCACUGAAGGAGCACGACACAGUGUUGUUGAGAAUCAAAAGGCAGAUUACUCCCCUUGUCUUAUUUAGAUAGAGCCUUCCUUUCCCCAGUCAGCAAUCCACCAAGUGUGCAGUGCAUACCACAGCCCUACCCUACUUGCCUAUGUUAACCUGUUUGGUCUCCACGACAGCCCUAUAUAUUAUUAGCCUGUUUUAUUUAUAGGAAAUCUAAAGCACAAGGGAACUGGGAAGCUGGCCCAGUGCUACGGCUAGGGAGCAGAGCUGGGAUGUGAACCCAGGUGGUCGGAUGGCAGAAUCUACCCAUGGUCUUAUUCCAUACUGGAACUUACGGGAAUCAAACCAGUGUGUUGGGAAUACAGAAUCUGGGUGGUACUGUGCCUAUGAGUGCUUCUUCCCUGGAGGUCUCCAGGGGGUGCCUGGCUUUGAAUUUUACCCAGUCCCAUCAUUCUUUAGCUAAGAAUGAUUUUCUUUACCCAGUGUGGGCAGAAGGGUAAAUCAGAACAACAGAAGCAAAGCCCAAACCAGAUGGAGUUUUGCAGUGGCUGAAUCAGUCUACUUUCCCUGCUGGCUAGGCUUAGAUUGUGGAAAGACUUAGGGUUAGCUAGCCCUUGUCCCAGCCUCCUCCCUGGAGGCUCCUGAGCUGGCUGUUUUGUUUUGGUUUUUCUGUUGUUCUAGGAACUUCCUGUCUUGCUUCUCUCUGCUGCCAGUUUCCUAAUUGGAAAGUUAAAGCAGAAAAGUCACCUCCUGCCCUCUGCCUCAGGAUCCUCUUUCACAGUUUGUCCAAGAAGGUCUCAGCAUCUGGGAAGUGGGGACAAGAAGUGGGGCUUCACAGAUUCUCCCUCUUGUGAAGCUCUAGCGAGACACUUAGGACUGCAUAGUAAUAUUAAGGGAAAGAAUGGUAAGCUAGGGGAAAGGGGGAUAGUUUCCCCUCUAGCCUGGGGCUGGGGGUUGGGCGCCACCCCAGGAUUACAACCUUGGGCCUCCUUUGCAGCCUUUGUGCCUUGCCACUAUGGGUGGGGCUGGCUUGAAAAAGAUCCGCAAUGGCGUAUCUCCCGUAAUUGUUAAUCCUCUGAAUAGGCAAGCUGGCCUCAUGCCCUCUUUCCCUGAGGAUUCACAGAGCAGCCCUGCGUCUGUCCUGUCCCUGCCUGCAGACAGCUGAAACCAAAAAUAUCAUAACUGAGCAAACUAAGUCUCCUACAGUCAUCCGCUCGACCCAGCAUGAGGCUUCCCUAGAGAGGCGGGUCCAUUUUUAACUACACUUGAGAACCGGGCGGUAUUUCUCUGAUGGUAUUUGUCCAUUUCUAGUGGAAAUGGAAUUUGAUUGCUAAACUUCACUUUUAAAUGCAAAGAAGAUAGGAAAGAUUGCUGGCUGGUUCCCUCUUUCUAGGGGACACACCUUCUGCAUCAGGUUCCUGGCUCCUCCUCCCCUGCCGGGAGUCAGUGAUAUCUGGUGAGCAUUCCCCCACCUGGUCCAGGGCAUGCCCCAGUUCACUUUCGCCUGUUUCUGUGGUCUUCACGGCUUCUGCAAGAUGAAGAGGAAGAAGGAAGAAGUUCACAGAGAGCGGGAAACGGCGGUGUGAGCAGAAA